AUGAACUCCUUGAUAAUUUGCUUCAUUUCCGUAGCACUAGCUCGCGCCUUUACGCCCAUGAAUGUGUUCAGAAAAUCAACUUCGAGACUCCAAGCAUCCAACUACGACUUCGCGCUUCUCUUUGAUUGUGACGGAGUGAUCCUUGAAACUGAAGAAUUGCAUAGACUUGCAUACAACAAAGCGUUUAAAGACUUUGAUCUCACCAUUGACGAUGAAGCUGUUGAAUGGAGUGUAGAGUAUUACGAUGUGCUUCAAAACAGCAUUGGUGGAGGAAAGCCAAAAAUGUUUUUCCACUUCAAGCAAACAAUGGGUGGGAAAUUCCCCAUGUCCGAUGACAAACCAGCUCCAGAGACUCCCGAAGAGCAACAAGAAUUGAUUGACAGUCUUCAAGAUCAGAAAACUGCGAUAUACCAAAGCCUUGUUGAAGAAAAGGCCAUUCCGCGCCCUGGAGUUGUUCAGUUGAUGGAUGAAGCACUCAACGACCCCAAAAUCGCAGUUGGCGUCUGCUCAGCAUCAACAAAGGAGGCCGCACUGAAAGUUUUAGCUGUGACUCUCGGAGAAGAACGUCAAAAGAAACUCGAUGUUUGUAUUCUUGGAGACGAUGUCAACGAAAAGAAGCCGAGCCCAAUGAUUUACAAUGAAGCCCGCGAAAGAAUUGGCAUCGAAAGCGACCGAUGUGUCGUUAUUGAGGAUAGUAUGGUGGGACUCAGAGCUGCAAAAGCUGCGGGUAUGAAAUGUGUUGUGACGUACACAGCAAGUACGGAAAAUGAAGACUUUUACGCGGCUGGAUGCGAUGCAAAGAUCCCCGAUCUUCUAAGCAGAAAGGUGGGACUUGAUAGUAUUUUUUCUUCGCUACGAGAAGAUGGGCUUGACUCCGAACUGCUUGUGGGUAUCAGGGAUCCAAAACCUUCGGAAUCUAUCUAA